CGCCUCCUCCCGCUGAGAGACCCUCGGCCCGCCUCUGGAGCUCUCCACCUGCACGUCUACCCCCGCGCAACCCCAACUCGCCGGCUGUGCGCAGGCGCGGUGCCCACCAGGGCGCGCGGGGGAGCCCGCGGAGCGCAUGCGCGGUGCUGGGCCCGCCGUCGCUCUGGUGUCGCCGCUGCCACCGUAGCUACCGUUACCGCCUCCCUGCCGGCAAGUGUGGGAAAGAAGAGCUGAGGACCGCUACCGCCGUUGCCGCCAUGGGGAGGAAGUCGAGCAAAGCAAAGGAGAAGAAGCAGAAGCGUCUGGAGGAGCGAGCAGCCAUGGAUGCUGUCUGUGCCAAAGUGGAGGCCGCCAACAGGCUCGGGGACCCCCUGGAGGCCUUCCCGGUGUUCAAGAAGUAUGACCGCAACGGGUUAAAUGUCUCCAUCGAGUGCAAGCGCGUGUCUGGGCUGGAGCCGGCCACCGUGGACUGGGCCUUCGACCUGACAAAAACCAACAUGCAGACCAUGUACGAGCAGAGCGAGUGGGGCUGGAAGGACAGAGAGAAACGGGAGGAGAUGACGGAUGACCGAGCCUGGUACCUCAUUGCUUGGGAGAACAGCUCCAUCCCCGUCGCCUUUUCUCACUUCCGGUUUGACGUGGAGUGCGGGGAUGAAGUCCUGUACUGCUACGAAGUGCAGCUGGAAAGCAAGGUGCGGCGGAAAGGCCUGGGGAAGUUCCUCAUCCAGAUCCUGCAGCUCAUGGCCAACAGCACGCAGAUGAAGAAGGUCAUGCUAACGGUGUUCAAGCACAAUCGGGGCGCCUACCAGUUCUUCAGAGAAGCGCUGCAGUUUGAGAUCGAUGACUCGUCCCCCAGCAUGUCGGGCUGCUGUGGGGAGGACUGCUCCUACGAGAUCCUGAGCCGGAGGACCAAGUUCGGGGACAGCCAGCAUUCCCAUGUGGGUGGGCACUGUGGCGGCUGCUGCCACUGAGCUCCCGAGCCAGAGCCCUCUCUCCAAGGCCUGCCCUCUCCCCGGCCUCACGCUGCUUGUCAGGCGCCCUCAGAGCUGCGGCCUCCUCGGUCCUGCAGGGGCCAGGCUGCACCCCGAGAGCGGGAGCCCUGGGGAGGAGUGGCCUGGGCUGCCCCCCUCCGCUCUCCGGGAGCAGCAGGGUGCCAGGGCGGAGCAGGAGGAGAGGAUGCUGCGGGAAGAGCCGCCGGAGGCCUGGGCGCGAAGUCGUCCUCGCAGGAAGACGGCCUGCCCCUCCGCCCUGCGCCCCUGAGCUCCAGAUUCCCGACUCCUCUGUAGCUGGAUUCUCGACACACCCCUCCCCCACUCACACCGCUGGACAAAUGGAGUGUUUGUGCCCACCUUUACAGAAGUCCUGGAGCCCUGGGUCGGGGUGUGGCUGGUCCUCAAAGAGGAAUGGACUUGCAGUAGGGUCUGGGCUCAGAGAGGCUUCAGAGAGCCUCGGGCCUCGUGGACAGAGUGCUCUGGUGGAGACCGUGGGAAGGUCUUUUGUGCUGUGACGCAGGGAAGCGAGGGCGCUCUCGCCAGCUGUGCUUUCGUGGGUCCACAGUUCGGAGCGGAGUCGUUCAGGGGACCAGCCGACCCCAGGAAGAAGGCUGCCCCCCUCCCUCUGUCACUGCCAGCGAGAGAGGCCGAGGGGCCCAGGAAGAGGCGUCCAGUGGGGCCACCGCUGCUGGUUUGGGCUUUCGGACCUCGCUGCGCUUUGGACUGUGCUGCAUCCCAAGCUUCCCUUCUGAUCUGUGGCAGCGGCUUGAGUUUCCGUUCAUAGCAAAGGGUCAGCGGUGCUGCCUGUGCUCCCUUGCCCCUCACUGUCUGCCCCCGCCCCCGCUCCAGAUACCUCGGUUCUCACUCUCAAGGGGGAAGCAACAUCAGGGAGCCCCUCACCUUCCCCCGGAAGGGCCUCGCGCUGGCACCCUCAAUGCCAGUCCCUCUCAUGUCUUGGUGCUGAUAGCCCUCUGCAGGCCGAGCGUCCUCCCCCUGCAGAGGGCCCCCAGCCAGCAGCAGGCCCGGCCUGCGCUCCCCAGCCUCGCCCCUCGCCGCCUCAGUGAGGCACUAGUGCCACUGCCCCCGCGGGCAGCCCAGGCUGCAGCGGCCCACUUCCCCCUCUGCGGGACCCCCCUGUGGCAGCGGGCUGGGCGGGGGCUUCCCUCCUCUCACAGGACAGAGAGGGUGCGGGGUCAGAGCUUGCACUCCCUGGUCUCGAGGCCUUGUCCCCCCCAGGGAAAAAGACGACCAAACCCUAUUCCAGAAAGAAGCACCAAACGCCUCCCGGUACACAUCCUCGGGCUCUGCUUUGGGGAGUGUCUUGAAAUUCAAGUCCCAGCCUUUGUGAGGUUGCUGCCUGGGGGUCUGUGGGGCCUUCUGCCUCGGAGUCUGCUCGCAGCCCCCCACCCUGCCCUGACUCGGGCGUCGAGCUGACCAGCUUCCAUGGCGCUGUUCUGGCUUCUUCCCACGUCCCUGCUUGUGCCUGUCCACGUUCACGGCCACCUCCACCCAGCCCCGCCUCUGCAGAGUGCUGGGACUUGCUCCUGACCCUGCCCGCGGUGGGCUGGUUGCUCCCUUGGAGAGGGCCCUGCAGCUUUACACUGGAACUAGCCCACCUGCGCCCUCCUCCUGCUGGCUCCCCGGGGGCGAGGGUCUCCGUUUCUGGGGGGGCACUGCUGGGCGUCCGGGAGUAAGGGAACGACAGGCACGUUUAGCAAGAGUGUUUCCUUUGAUCUCCGUCUCUCAAAGGACCCGGAACGAUAACUAUUUAUUGUCUUAGAUCAUGGAUUUUUGAUACCUCCCACUCAAGGGGCCGAAAGGAGCCCCCAGUGUAAAUCCCACAUAAGGUGCGUCAGUGUCUUGUCUCUGGUCAUGAGACACCUGGCACCGACUCCAUUCGUGGCCACUUGGUGCCACACCUGCCCUCCUAGGUUCUGCCAGCCAGGUCCCCAAGGGCUGCUGGGAAGGUUGGGGCUGGGGUGCAGGCGCUGCCGGCAACCCUCGUCCGUCGAGCUCCGUGGGUUCCCAGCCACCAGGCAGCGUGGGGACUCUCUCCACUCCCCAGCUAGGCUCUGCCAGGCUUUUUUGUUUGUUGUUCGGGGCACAUUAAAAUAUUUCUAAAGAUUUUAGUUGCUUUCACUCUGUUUCAGGUUUUUGUUGAUGUUAAAUGUGCAUAUGACCUGUGUACGGUUUUUAACCCUCUCUGGGUUUUUUAGAGGAAACUUUAAAGAUAAACUCCUUGAGAUAUAUUUUUUCUUUAGCAACUUGUUAUCACUGGAAUCAAAGGGAAAAAGUGAUCUCUUUGCAUUGGUGUAUUUGUAUGUCACAAAUAAAAGACGCUUUGUUCA